CGGGAAGACAUUCAUUGAAUUGGUAGUUCAAUCGUGGGGACUUUGGGGGGCGCUCUGGCGACUUUGGGGGAUUCCAGCUUCACCCACGGCGUGGUAGCAGCGAACCAAACAGACGGUCACCCUGAAAUCAGAUUUGGGUCUUUCAACGUUUCAUUACCUAGGGGAUUACAGUACUUCACACAACCUACAUCUGAGCCCAGAUGCAAUCUACCACCAGUCUGCAGCAAAGGCGAUGAACAGAUCCAGAUUUCUACGGUGGGGGCUUCAUCACAGGUACCCACGACCUUGUGCCAGGGUCUGCAGGGUCUCAACAGCAAUGCCAGAACCUUGGCUUCUAGGCAUGUCUACCCAUCGACGACGGGCCUUCAGCGUUUGACCAGGCGAAUAGAGCGCAGGGAUGGCGGGAGCCAAGGGACGGAGUAUCCAUAUGCGACUAGACAAGAUCUGAGUACGCAGCGCUAUUUCAGCACCGCCGCUGGAGAAAUUGAACAGCGACCCAGAUUGCAGCGGCUCCUCCAUGGAGAACGAAGGGCCAACAAAGGAUUUAACCAUGGGAGGAAAAUUUCAGCAACCAGGUGUCAGAAGGGGUUCCCAGCUUACCCACGAUCUGGCUCAAGGCGUCAAGCACCUCCUGUAGGACUAAGGAGCGGUGUAUCCUAUUCCGCAAGAACGGGUGACAGAAUUCUUGGUUGGACUCCUGCUUUCAACAAGGAACGACAUCAUAUGCUACGGGGAGGUAGUAGGUAUCAAACUGCUCCUCAUUCAAAUGGAUUUAGAAUUAUUAUUGAAAGCAAAUAUUUUCGUUUCUAUAUUGUUGAUUGUAAUACAAUCCGCAUAUCUGAAUCAAAGUAUGGGUUCUCUUCUGCUAUUGAUCUUGAUAUCGAAAGAAUUACUUGGGUGAAGGAUUCCAUUUACAAACUACUAUCUGAUAAUUGGUCUUACAAUAGAUUUGACCUAAAGAAUUCCCUUUGUAUUCUUCAUGAUGCCAAUUUCUUUGGUGGUUUCUAUCGCAUCAUUGAAAAGGGUAACGACUCUUUAUUUAUACCUGAGGGAAGGAAUGGACGGGGUAUUAAUCUUUUUCUGGAAGGGAUUAUUAGAGCUCAUACUUUACUGAAAGAACUCGCAGCCAAACAAACAUCUAUGGUGCAUGAACAGAUUUCUUGUGAGGAAUUUUCAGGUAAGCACUCUAAUAGUGAGUGUGAUCUUAUCUCCAUGGGCAGAAACCACUCACAUCAGAAUGAUUUUUCUAUUUCGGGAAACUUGUUACAAGUUGAUAUUGAUCAUUCUGCAUCCUCUGAAAAAUCUUUCAAUUCUAUCAAGGAUAAUAUCUCUGAGCAUGUACCUGAAAUUGACUCUUCAUUAGUGCACAUUAAGGAUUUCUUUCAGAUUACUAUGUCGCAAAGGGUUGAUUCACUUUCUCAAUUUUUAAUCAAAGAGUUCGAAAGAAUUCUUGCCUCUUCCUUCAAUAACCGGGGAAAGUUGGAAGAGAGACUUGUUCAUGAAGAAAAAGAUACAAGAUAUGCGAACCCGAAUUUUUCGAGGGACUUUUUUUCAGAUGACCAAGAUAGUGAAGCUUAUGAGCAGUUCUGUACACACUCGGGGGAUGAUUUUCUUGGCCACGCUUCAGAAAGUGGGAAAAGGACUCCUAUUUCAUCGAUGGAGGAUUUAUGGGAUUCUGAUAUGAAUCAGGAUAUUUGCAACAAAGCCUUAUUGGUUACAAGAGAAAACUGUCUCCCUACAGAAAACCUGAACACUCAAAUUAAGAUUUAUAGAAAAACGAAGCAGCGGUCACAUCUUAUGAGAACUAGAUCCCAAACCAGAAUGGAGUUUUGAAGACUAAGGCUAGGGGUGAUCUUGGGAGGGAUUUAUGUUGUACUAUGGGUUGGGUUUUUUCUUUUUCUUUCUUCUUGUUUUUCUUCUUCCCUUUCUUGUAAUUUUUGACUUCCUCAUUAAUAAAACCCUAUUUUCCAGGCAAAAAAAAAAAAAAAGAAUUGGUAGUUCAAAUUUGAUAUGAC